AUGACUGUCGUUAUACACCGAAAGGAGCCACACCUGCCUCAAGGUCAACUUUUCUGCUACCCAGAUGUAAUCCGUUACGAGCAAGGGGCAGAUUUCCGCCUGUAUCGAGUCAUCAACUGCGUGUAUUCUGAGCCCCCCGAAGUCUUUACUAUUCAUUAUAAAUUCGCCGCCUAUAACGGAGAUAUGUGCGGAUGGAUGAGCGAAAUGACCAUGAUCCCAUCUUACGAAGGCAGAAAGAGUUUCCUUAGCUUUGAUGUAUCGCCGUUCCUGGAAACCGCACAAUUUGAUACACAAAUAAGGCAGAGAGCGGAGAAACGAGGCGAAAGGCAUGAGUUCUUUUCGAAAUGCAUCGGCCACCUCGCAGAAUACUCUGGUCUAUUUACUCCCCUACCUGGAGCAAGUGCCGGCUGUGCCGCGCCUAGAGAUCAACAAAGGUUGGAAAACGAGAGGGUCGUCAUGGAUACCGGAUGGUUUCUGGAUCAUACUGGUGGAACACGUCGGGUAGCGAUCCCGGAACAGAACAAAUGGACUAAUCUCUGGGAGUACUGCCCACCAUUUAUACCGGGCUUCUACUUGAGAACGAAGCAAUGGGGCGAAGCCGGGUCUGGAAAGACGUCUACUGUUGUGAAUGGUGGUUAUUCCAAAUUCUACAAAACCGUUGUUCCUUACGCUGACAAAAACCCAGUUGCCGAAAGCAUGAAAGUGUGUCUUUAUACCCUGACUGUUGAUGAACUGGACAAAAACAUUUUAAACGCUGAGGCUACCUUGAAGCAAGCUCUCGAGCUCUCGGGUAGAUGGGGAGCCAUAUUUCUUCUCGAAGGAUGUGAUGAAAUCAUCAAACGCAACCAUCCAACCCUUACCGACAUCCCGUGGCUGUCCUCUGUCAUUCAACGGCUGCUCAACAGUUAUCACGGUAUCGCAUUCUUGGUAGCCAACAACCAACCCCCGAGACUGGAAUUCAACCCAGACUUUGAAUUGCUAUUUGAUCGUACCCCGCGCAUUCUCGGACUAGUCCAGCAGGAGACCCCAUUCGAAACCAACGGUCAGAUGCAAAUGGAGCAGAGACAAUGA